AUGCGCCGAAGCGGUGUCUACUCGAGGCCCUCCGAAUUCCAGCCCAGCGUACGCUUCCCGAGCACUUCGGGCUUCAUGGGCGCCGUGCCGCCGCCGGCGCAGCUCACCGCGCCCAAUGCCGCUGCGAUCAGCGCCGGUCUGGCCAGGGACGUUGAACGGCGCAAAGAGGAGGAGUACGAUGCUUUGAUGUCGAGUGGUGGGAAAUCCACAACUGGCAAGCCGGGUGGUGGCAGGCCGCGUAAGAAGAAAAUCUACGAUGACGAGUAA